AUGUAUUUGCACGCAUUGCCUUUUCGUACGCUAGAUGAAUGUUAUAUCAGUCGCGGGAGCGAUUAUCGCGGAAAUGUAAGCAAGACCGCAUCAGGAAUUUUAUGUCAAAACUGGACUUCUCAAAAGCCGCAUAAACACGAUUACAUACCGCUAGAUUAUCCUAGUGAAGGAUUAGAAGAUUCUAACUACUGUCGCAACCCAAGUGGCAGUGCAGGACCUUGGUGUUAUACCACCGAUCCUCAAAUACGUUGGAUGUUUUGUGAUAUCCGCCGAUGCAGUAAGAAAUUUAGGCGACGUUGUAUAAGCGUUGGAGAAUAUUAUCGGGGCUCGCAGAGGAUUACAAAAAGUGGAUUAUUGUGCCAAAAAUGGUCCAGCCAAAUACCUCAUGCGCAUACUUAUACACCAGGAAAUAAUCCUCAAAGUGGCCUUGAGGCAAAUUACUGCCGUAAUCCAACCCUAAAUGCUAUCACACCUUGGUGCUACACUAAAUCGACUUUUAAAAGAUGGGAAUACUGUGAUAUAGCAGAUUACUUAUGCGGUGAGAUAAAAUAA